UGGGCGCGCGCGGCUCACACCGACACAGUCACACACCGAAACAUGUUCGCGUUCCUCGCGCUUGUUGUGCUUGCGGCGUCUGCUUCUGCGCUCGCCGCUCCCGACCGAUUGGGAUACGAGCGAGAGAUCGACACGCGGUACAACCAGGUCCCCAAACUGUUGGACUACGUGCUCAAUGAAGAAUACAUAAACGCGCAGAAAAACAAAGCGAAACUCAUAACAAAACUGCGACCGGAUGAAGCAGUGAUCGCUGACAAUGUUAUUCUAGAAUCGAAUGUAGUGAAAAUCGUUAAGCCGAAGAAAUUGGACAACGGUGAUCUUGUGCGGCAGAGACGCGGUUACAAUUUAGAGAAUGUGAUAGUUCCUGCCAGAUAUCCUUAUCUCCCAGUGGUGCGGUACAACCGUUUCCGUCGAUGGGGCUAGUGGCACAGGUUGCCGCACUGUCAAAUGUCAAGGUUGCACUGAAGCAAAUCAGCGAGACACGCCUCGAGCGCAUCUCCGCGCGAAGCUCUCGUACAGACUAUUGCAUUAGGUAUUAUUAUGAAGUGGCUGUGAUCGAAUGCUAAAAUCCAUUUGUGCGAUGCUUAAGGCUUCGAUUGAAAAAGUUAAAAAAGAUGGAGUGAAAAGACAUUAAGUUUAUUAUUGUUAGUGAAUUUCAGAACUGUAAAUUAAAUAUAUUAGUAUACUUAUUA